GAAGUUGGGUGUUUGACAGCUGAGACAGAAAAUAGAUCACAGGGACCGCUCUCAAAGAAACGAAUAAAUAAAGGAUAACUACUCAAUCAUCUGUACAAGCCUGUAACCCAAUACACUAUGUCAAGGCAAUCCAACCGAACCACUGACGGCAAGAAGAUGAACUCUGAGCUGUUCACUCUGACGUACGGAGCCCUGGUAACCCAGCUGUGUAAGGACUAUGAGAACGACGAGGAGGUCAACAAACAACUGGAUAAGAUGGGAUAUAAUAUCGGAGUGCGUCUCAUCGAAGACUUCUUGGCGCGAUCCAGCAUUGGGAGGUGUCAGGAUUUCAGAGAAACGGCCGAUGUCAUCGCUAAGGUGGCGUUUAAGAUGUACCUGGGCAUCACCCCCAGUGUGACCAACUGGAGCCCAGCAGGGGAUGAGUUGUCCCUCAUCCUGGAGAGUAACCCCCUUGUGGACUUUGUAGAGCUGCCUGACAACCACAGCUCCCUGGUCUACUCCAACCUGCUGUGUGGGGUACUCCGAGGAGCUCUGGAGAUGGUACAGAUGGCAGUGGAUGUGAAGUUUGCUCAGGACACCCUGAGAGGAGACAAUGUCACAGAGAUCCGCAUGAAGUUCAUCAAGAGGAUGGAGGAGAACCUUCCGGCUGGCGAUGAGUGAGAGAAACAGAGAGGGAGAAAGCACCACCCUCCACCACUCUUCUCUUCCCGCUCUCCAUCCAUCCUCAAUCUGAUGUCACUCAAGGAGGUACGGAGAGAGAGAGCGAGAGAGAGAUGUAUAAUGAUAAACCCUUGACUGAGAGACUGAAUGAAAAGAGAGAGCGAGAAUCAAGAAAUCAAGUCCUUGGGCGUGUCUGAAAUCCAUCUUCCUCUCCAUGUCUCCUUUCCUUCCUCUGCACUGGUCUAAAUACAAAGGUCUGACAGGUGGAAGUUAUAUGCGUUUUGCCAUAUAUGAUGCAUUUUACAUCAGGAUGACUUGGCCGGUGACACUGCUUCUUAACAGUCCAAUAUCUUGAAAAGUUGACUGCUGACAUGCAAAACACUGUGAGACUAUGUCAACAGUGGACUAAUGAAAACAAUACCAAAAGAUAGUUCGGAGUGGAAUUAACUUUUAAAUGCUUCAUAACUACCAGCGAUAGUAGUGCAAAUAAAGUAAAGGAGAGGUGGUUUUUGAGAUGUACCCAUAGAGAUGGGUAGAGGACUCAUCUUUGCCACUAUAGUGUCUGUGACAACCCAUAGGAAUCCCCACCCAGUUGACUACUUUGAAAUGGCGGAAGCAUGGUGGAAGCCCUCAAUGACGCUGCCCCUGCUAAAACUGCCUUUUUGGCCACCCUCAAUGACGCUGCCCCUGCUAAAACUGCCUUUUUGGCCACUAAAGGGCUCUAUCAUUCUCUACGGAUGCACCCUUCUGCAGAACUAUGACUCCUGACCUUCUGCUCAUCUGACCCCCCCUCCCUCCCCCAACCAUUCAACGUUCAUCUCUGCUCCUUUGAUGAGACACUCCUUGGAUACUUCAUCUCAUAUGUUAAUUUCUAGGGCCAGGAGUCUUACCAUAAUGAUUUUUGAUUGACUUGCAAUUCUGUUAAGUUCAUAAAGUCAAAGUUGAUGGUCUCUAUUGUGUUGUACACGGUGAUAAAAACAUACAUAUAUAUUCACUUUUGUCUGUCACCUUUUUUAAAUGAAAGAUCGUCAAGAUUCUAUUAAUAUCUAUGUGUGUAAGAUAUUUAUCUGUUGUCAUGCUAGAUACUGUCACACUGUAUGGCAGUGGUAUAUGAAGUAGGCUGAUGUCAUUAAUAAUAAAGUCAUCAUGACAUA